AGCGAAGAAAUCGAAGCUGACUCUGUUUUUCGACGGCAAUGGCACAAGACGACGUCACAAAGCUCCAAACGGCACACUUGCACGAAUCUAUAAAGUCAGCUUUCAUUUUCUUCACACAAUUUGAAUCACGUUCGUUUGACGGCAAAACAAUAUCCCAUCGAAUCUUCUUCUACGUCUACCACCAGAUUCCAGUUCCGAGACCACAACCACCAGGAGAUGGACGACGCCGCCCAUUCCGAUACCAGCUCCGGCAUGUCCUCCGUCUCCAGCGACCUCGACGCUAAGACCGAGCUCGAGUCCAUGGCUGGAAAGGGAAUUAAGCAUCUUUGUUCGGAGCUUCUCGAGCUAAAGGCGGAAUCAGAUGAAGAUUUCCACAGAAAUAUUUUCUCUAAUUAUUCUUCCUUUGUCAGAAUAUUUGAUGAAGUAAAAGGAAUGGAAAAUGAACUGAUGCAAUUAAAGAGCCAAGUUUUUACUCAAAAGAGGCUUGUAAAAGACCUUAUAGAUGGAAUUCAUUUAAAACUUUUAUCAGAGGAAACAAUUGACUCAAUUCUUCAAGAAUCUGAAUCUGCUGAACUAUCUUCUCCAAGCGAGUUGGAAGUUCAUAUCGAUAACAUUUUAGAAACAUUGGAUAUUCUCAUGUUAGAAAACAGGGUGGAUGAAGCAAUAGAUAUUUUAGAAAUGCAGGAUGAAAAUUUACAAAGGAUGCAAUAUGAAGAUAAUUCUUCAGCGGACUUGUUACUGUUGUAUAAUUCAGCAUUUUCUGAGAAAAAGGCUAUGCUUACUUUACAGUUGACAUUAUCUGCUGAAAAUCCUAGAAUAUCUGCUGCUGAACUUCAAAAAGUGUUAGUUGGAAUUUGCAGACUUGGUGACAGUCAUCUUUCAACUCAAUUGUUGCUUAAGUAUUACCAUUCGCGUAUAGCAACUGGAAUGCAUAAUCUGCAGUGUUCACAAUCUUUUUUAGAUGGUUUAUAUGUUAAAGAACUUGCAAAGUUUGUGUUUUCUAUGAUUUCUCAAGCAGCAAGGAGCUUUAUGAUGUUAUAUGGAGAAACUUCUCCUCAUGCUUCAGAACUUAUUCAAUGGGCCCGGGAAGAAACCAAACUGUUUGUUGCUUCAUUUAAUACAUAUGUGAAGUCCAAUUCUGACAUAAGCAAAGGGUUAUCGACGGCAGUAGAAUCCAUGCAGUUUGCAAUGUCCUAUUGCUCCUUGUUAAAAUCUCAGAGACUAUUCCUAAGACCAUACUUGAUCAAGCAUAUUCGUCCUUGCGUGGAAGAGGUUCUACAGAUACACAUAGACCAUUUUAAGAAAGUUAUCAGUAUGUUUACAGCAACUGACACCUGGGUUUUGGGUAGAUAUCUUAUCUCAGAAAUUUUAAGUGAAGGGAAUUAUAUGGUUUUUGGGCAACAGCCAGAAUAUUGCCAUCUCACUAACAGUGGCUGGAAGUUUGUAACUCUGUUGCAGGCUAUCAUAGCAGAUGUCACCCCUUUACUUGCCAUUCAAAUUGAAGGUUCUAUCCUUAAAGGACUCAUGAAUCUCUUCACAGACUACAUAGAUAUCCUUGAGAAAGCUAUUACCUUUGAAACACAUGGUUCCGAGAGAGGUUCAAGAAGAACUUCAGCAGAGUCGUUGCCACAACAGAUUUCCAUGCUUGCUAAUUUAUCAACAUUACAAAAUUUCUUCUUCAAGAUCAUCAGAAGUUUCUUCAGGGGUACUGGUUACAUGAAUUCUGAACUAAGGAAGAAAAAAUCCAUUGAUUUACAACAGAAGGAACUUGAUGGAUGUAUACUUUUCAUUCAAGAGGCUGCUGCUCAGCUCAGAUCUCAUUUCUGCCAGCAAUUUAUAAAUGGAAUGAUGUCCCUUGAAACUGGCUCUAAACUUAUUAAAGAAACCUGCACUGAUAACCAGGAAGAGCUAACCACGUUUCAUGAUGAAAUGCCCUCUAUUGCAUUUCAGGUACUGUUUUUAGAGCUAAGAAAAGUUGAUAAACUUGCUGAAGAAAAUGUCUUUGAAGAGGAUUGGUUGAUGGAGCUGUUAAGGGAGUUGAUAGAGGCUAUAUUUUCUUGGAUAGUCAACAACAAGGAGAUUUGGAGAUAUACAAAAGAGAAUACACCUGUCCAACUUUCUGACAUUUUCAGUCAGUUUGUCUUGGACAUGCAUUUUCUGGUGGAAAUUGUGAAAUAUGGAGGAUACUUCUCCAAAAUACCCUUGGUUCUACUAAGUCUUGUGGAUUCAGCCUUUACUUCAGCUGGACUUGAUCCUAAAAGUGAUAUUGACUGUGAUGGAUGCGCUAAAAAUGCUGCAACUGAAGCAAUUCAAAAGUUACUGGAGAUCGAGAAAAUGCAACUGUUUUCUAAAGAUGAUUCUGUUGAUAUUUUGGAGGAAUCACAUGAAAAUGAACCUGUUCAGAAUGAAAGUAGAAGAACUAUGAAGGAUUCUCUACUGUUGGGUGAGGAUCCAUCAACCACGGACGCAGUUGAAGUUUCCAUUACAACAAAAAGCCCUUGUGAAGGGUCAUUAUCUCCUGCUGAUGUUGAGGAUUUUUCUGUUGAUAAAAGUGUUGUGGUUUUGGCAGAUAACUAUGGGGGAAUAGAGGACGUGGAAUCUGAAAAUGGCAUUAGCCAAGCAUGUGAUGAACAUGAGAAAACUGAUUUGCCAGAUCCAUCAUCAUUUGAUGGUUAUGGUGACGCUUCUGAGCUAAGGGUUCCUAACAAGGAGGACUCUGGCAAUGAAGCUGAUGCCACUGAUUCUGUCGUUAACGAGCUAGAAGAUGAUGGAAAGAAAGUCGUCAGGGACUAAACUUGCUUCUGCAAUAGUGGAAAGCCAAUGGCAGACACAACCUGGAGAUAUCUGGCUCCAUAAUCGGACCGGUAACAAGGGAAAUGAAAAAUGUAAAACUCACCAUGGGUAGUUGAAAAUAGUGAGAAGCCAGAUGAAGGGAAUUCCAGGAUCAUUGAUGGUAUUGACAGAGAUGAGAUACGGGCGAAAUCCUUUUCGUUUAAUCAUAUGAAAUAAGAUAUGGAGGGUUUCACUUGUUGAGGGAAAUAUUUGAUUCAAGGAAUGAGAAUUGGGGCAGCGGAUUGCACUCGCAAGCUUAAAUGACUUCUGUUGAUUGACGAAAUAAAAUAGAGUAGAAAUUGUUUUUA